UUGAAUAACCUGAGAACCCUAACGAUGUCAGUCUUCUCUCCUGCUCAAGUGUGUCAAGUGUUUUUGAAUUAUAGGGGAGAGGAAUUGCGUUACAGCUUCGUGAGCCACCUGAUUGAUGCAUUUGAAAGGAAUGAGGUAAACGUCUUCGUAGACACAUACGAGCAGAGAGGCAAAGACCUCAAAAAUCUCUUUGUAAGGAUCGAAGAAUCGAGGAUCGCUUUGGCCAUCUUCUCUACCAGGUAUGCGGAGUCGCCGUGGUGCAUGGAUGAGUUGGUGAAGAUGAAGAAACUUGCGGAUCAAGGAAAGCUCUUAGUCAUUCCAAUCUUUUACAAUGUGGAGCCAGAAGACAUAAGAAAACAGACAGGUGAGUUUGGUGACAACUUCUGGACUCUCGCGAAAGUUUCUACUGGAGAUCAGAUCAAGAAAUGGAAAGAAGCUCUCGAAUGUAUCUCUGACAAGAUGGGUUUGUCAUUGAGAGACAAGAGCUCUGAAGCCGAUUUUAUUAAGAAAAUGGUUAAGGAGGUUCAGAAAGUUACAAAAGCAAUUGGACUUAAGGAAGAAGAAAAUCAUCUUAGAAAAUAUGAAGAGAAAAUGAAAGGUCGGGAAUUGCAAUUGCCCAUACGAUCUCGAAUUUAAGAGGAGCAAAACCAAAAAGUAAUGACAUCAAUGUUCGUAAUCUUUCUGUAUAUAUAUACUUUGUUUCCUAAAUAUGGUUGUAUAUAGUUUUUGAUUGGCUCGAUUGUUUAAAGUUAUAACUGCAAGUUUUUGGUUGUAGAUUUGUUGUAUAGCUCUUUAGUUUUGGACAUUUGGUUGUGAUUUUUUUUUAAACGAAAGAAAAAUUGGUAACACUAUUACUUGUAUAUUGUAGAUUAAUAUGUCUACUGUUAGUGUUAAGAAAAUAUUAACAUUUAG